AUGACGACUGAAAUUGGAUCCCAGGCUGAGGGCCUUAGGCAGAGAUGGACACCUGAAACUGAUCCAGAAUGGAAUCCAAAUUUGCCCUACGGUGGCAAAGUCUAUUUAGCUCGUAAAAAGAAAUCAGACCCAUUCCAUAUUCGAAUCAUUGAGGUUGUUGUUGUAAUUGCUACAUUAUCGUUUGCUUAUUAUGCCUACUUUUAUUUUGAUCACCUACAUUUCAACAUAACCCAUGCCUAUGCUCACUUAGGUUAUCCUCAGGCACAACAUCAAGUUGGACAGAGAUAUUUACAUGGUAAAGGUGUUGACAAACAUGGUGGAAAAGCUAUGGAAUGGUUCAGGAAAGCAGCCGACCAAGGCCAUCCCCACGCUGCUUAUAAUUUAGCUAUAGGACAUUUACGAGGUUAUAGAACUGAUGUUAAAGAUGGUGAGGCACAUAAACUGAUAGCUCAUGCAGCAUCUAAAGGAGUGGAAGAGGCUCAUAAAGUAUUAAAUAAUGUUUGUACCAGAGGAGGGUGUGAUUAA